AUCUGAUUUCUCUCACUUCUCCAUCUCCGAUGCGGCAGAUUACAAAGACUCCAAGAGUGGAUCUUUUCCUCCAACUUCGGCCACUGGCAGACGACGACGACGACGGCGAUCCUCACAGAUAAGUUUUAAUCUCUUGCUCUUCAUUCUUCUUCUUCUUCCUCUCCUCCUCCUUUUCUUCUAAAUUCCCCUUCUUUUCUCUUAUGUUAAUUUAAUCGGCAGUGGAGCUUUAAGGAGCUUUUUGUUUUCAUAGAGAAAUUGGUGGCUUGUUUGAUUAGGACCAUUUUUUUUUGCUUUAAUUUUCUUCUUUCCUAGAUGAUCUGUAUUUACGUUUUUAUUUAUUGAGUUUUGAUUUUCUCUUUCAAUUGAACGAUUGACUUUUAAUUUCUUUUUUGAGUUAGUUCGGUUGAGUAAAAUCAUUUUCUUUUAAUUUCUUUUGUGAAAGAUUGAUAUUUAUUUAACAUUAUAGAAUAUAAUUUUUUACAUUUAAUUUCAGUCAAUAUUUUGGUAGAAAUUAUUUUCUGGUUUGAAUCUGAAAUUGCCAUAAUUGCCAUUUUAAAGUGUUUUUAUGGUAUUAAGAUCAAAAUAUUACUCCUUUGUAAAUCAAAAUUGCCAUAAUUGAAAUUGCCAUUAUUGCCAUAUUUUUUAAAUAUAAAAAGAUAUUUUCGCAUUUAGUGUCAUUUGUAUGGCACUAUCUCCAAGAGGAUGGAGAUAUAUGACAUUUGCUGAUAAAUAUUUAUAAUGUCAUUAAUUGCCAAAAUGACAAUGGAACUUCUUCUCUUUUAAUAUGAAUGCCAUUAAGAUGACAUUCAAGGGAUGAGAUGUUAUUCUAAAGCAUUCUUAAUUUCUAGAUCUGAGAUGAUGGAGUCAAAAGAGGCUAUGGGAUGGAGAUGGCGGCACCAGAAAUAGAGAUGGCCGGUGGUGACCCUGGAAAGAGGCAGCGGCGGAGAUGGUUGUGGCAGCGGCGUCCGACGAUUGUGGAGACUGGCGGCGUCCGGCGACUGUGGAGACUGGCGGCGACCGGCGACUGCGGAGACCGGCGGCAUCCGGCGACAGUGGAGACCGGCGGCGUCCGGAGACAGCGGAGACCGGCGACAUCUGGCGACGGUGGAGAAAGGAAAAAUAUGUUGUUGACUUGUUGUGUAAUAAUCCGUACAUUAAUUAGUUUGUUAUUCUAUUUUAUAUUUUUACUAAAUAAGUUGGAGCAAUCAUUAAGGGCAUUUUUGUCUCUUACUAUUAAUUUCCGUAUGACAAACUACACUUGAGAUAGGAGUUCUACUUUUGCAUAUUCAUUAUGUUUUACUCCUAAACAAGGAAUUCUCUCAUGAACUGAUGAACAAAAGCAUCUUUUGAUUUUA